AACAAAGGGCAGGCGGCCCGCGGGGCGGCGGCGGGAGGAUGUCUCGCGCCCUGCCAGGGCGCCAACGGCUGGAUCGAGUCCUGGGCAGCGCCGGGGCCGCCUGAGAGCCAAGCCCGCGCUGACCAGGGCCCGGGCCGAAUGGGCGCUGCGGGCCGGAGCGCGGACCGCCGAGCGGCCGUUGUAACCUUUUUCUCUUGUCCCAGCUGUGUGGAACAACGGCGGCUCUUGUGUGCAUUUUCCAGUGUUUCUUUUGUCAGAGAAUCCAGCAGAGCCGCAGCUCUGCCAGUGCCAGCCCCGAGCUGAGUGAAGAGUGCCCAGCAGAGAUGGUGAAAAUGACCAAAUCCAAAACUUUCCAAGCUUAUCUGCCCAACUGUCACCGAACUUACAGCUGCAUCCACUGCAGAGCCCACCUGGCCAAUCACGACGAGCUCAUCUCCAAGUCCUUUCAGGGAAGCCAGGGACGAGCCUACCUCUUCAAUUCCGUGGUGAAUGUGGGCUGUGGCCCUGCUGAGGAGAGGGUCCUUCUAACUGGCCUGCAUGCAGUUGCAGACAUCUAUUGCGAAAACUGCAAGACCACACUUGGAUGGAAAUAUGAACAUGCCUUUGAGAGCAGUCAGAAAUAUAAGGAAGGAAAAUUUAUUAUUGAGCUGGCCCACAUGAUCAAAGACAAUGGUUGGGAGUAAAGUGGAAACUUGCCAUUCCCUCUUGAAUACUAUUUUGUGAAAGAGAUUGUGAAUGUAAUGGAGACACCGCAUCCUGGAUGGCAGUGUUUCUUGAACUUGAACUUCGCAGGCUAGCCACGCUUCGACACUCAAAGGCCUCUGGGCCACCUCCUUGGGUAAAGAGCCCCAUCUAUGUCCUCUUCGCAUAUAUGGUUGUUUCUGAAAGUUUGAAAUGUUCUUUUUCUAACUUUUGAAGUUCUAGAAAAAGAAUUCACCAACUGAUGAUCUACCUGUACCGUCUUUCUACCCUAUGCCUUCAAUACAGUUUCAGCUCUGCUUUCUCAUGUUCCUAAAGACCACAGAAGCAGGCUUUCAAGAGCAGAAGCUUGAAUGAUAAGUGUAGCUUGUUUUCCCCUUCAAUUCUUAAACACAUAAAUUGGUUAUUUUUUUUUUUCCUGUAGCUAAACUACUAAAGGUGUAGUGUCCAUUCAAUAACCCUCCAGCACAGCAGGGUGCCACACUGUGAUCCCACCACUCUGAUCAUUUUUAAUCCUAAAAGUCUUCCAGAAUUAUAAACACAUUUAUAUACCAAGAGUGGUUUUGUUCUAUCCAGUUCAAAAACAGAGACCACCACUCAUAACAUUUUACAUAAGCUUCGAGAAGAAUGUGUCUAAUGAGCAUCUUAUUUCAGUCAGUGGAUUCCUUAUCUAGAAAGCAGACGAGCCAGUGCAGGUUUUCCCAAGGGGCCUACAGGCCUAUCCCUGAUGUACCAGCUUGUACACUUUUUGCGGGGUGGGUAUCCUCCUCAGCUGUGACUUGUGCAGCAGUUUUGUACAGCAGCUGAUGCGUGGCCAGGCCUUGUGGAGUAGCUCAUCAGUCAAAGUCGGGUUUCAUUUUUCUACCCUGGAUGUACUUGAAAAAAAUGUUUGCAUAUGAAAUAGGCCAGAAUCAGCAGGAAAGAAAAAACUUUCAAAACUUUUACCAGAUUGUUUGAAAAUGUUUAGAAAAAGCUAGUCAAGAGACAGGCCUACGUUUAGUAAACGAAGGAUUUGUUGUGCAGUGCGGUGCCCUGCCUGCCUGGCACCAUCAUGUGGACUGACUUGGAGGACCCAAAUUCUGUUUCUGUCACAGAUUUUAUAUCAUGACCACCAGCAGAAAUGGGAGUUCAGAAUAAGGCUCAAGAUAAGUUUUGGUUUUCAAUGGACUGUCCCUAACUUAGGGUAGGACAGGAAGAAGAACGACCCAGGAAGGGGAGAAGCAGGAAGCUGAGGAGCUCAGAGCCUGAAAACCCUUGAAACUACCUGUGGACAGGAAGAAAUAGGCUUCUAGUUGUUUGAGCUCCCCAACUUUUCCCCAAAUCCAGACUCUGGAACCAACACAGGCACUGGGCUUGUGUUGCUUUCUCUAGUGCUAAUUCCCUACAGAAGCUGAACUAAGUUAGCACAGUUGUGUCCCCUGCAGUGUCCCAGAGCUGGCCACAGCUACCCAGUGCUCCUGCUGCUGGGGUCUGGUGUCUGAAGAUAGUUCACUCACUACUAGCACUUGAUGCAGUAAAGCGGAUGGCUUCCAUCCCCCAUCUGAAACUCAGAGAGACACUUUCUUAGAACAAGCUUCCCUUCUAGUUGCCACAUCUCUUGCAAAAAACAGCCUCCGAGGACCAAGGGAAACUUGAGUGUUCCAGCCUGCUGGGUGCCGAGGGCAGUCUGAACAUGACUCCACAGAUGUUCCAUUUAAAUUGGAAGAUAAUUUUUUUAGAAUUCUUCAGACACAUUUUUGUAUAUACGAAGGUUCUAUUUAAAGCUUUUCUAUGUUCUGGGCAAGCUUACUGCCCCUUCAACUUGAGCACUUUGGUUUUUGUAUUGUCUUGUGAUGGCACUGCUUGGAAAAAUUUUACUAGUACUUUUAUGACUUGUAUUUUUCUUGGUAAUGAAUUCCAACAAAACUUAUAUCAAAUGUUGCUGUCGUCUGCAAAAUACAAGCUCCUUUUUAAACCAAA